AUGCGAUAUUCUCCGAAAUCAACUCCUGAAGUCGGAAGAAAACUAAAUGAUGUUUGCAAUACUAUGGCCGAGGAACAAGACAAUCCAUCGGAUCUGAUACCCGUCAACCCCGAGGAUUUAACAAUGAGACGUCAGUCAACAUCAACAUCACCUCUUGAAUUUCAGUUGCAAGCGAAUACUAUAUUAAAACCUAAGGGAAUAUUGAAAUUGUCUGAGAAAACCUGUUCUGCACCCAAUAUCUACUGUAAUUCUCCAAAAAAGCAGCAAAGCCCUCGAUAUGCUAAUCCAAUGGCGCAAUCGAAGCGUGAAAACAAUAACGAAAAUCUAUCGGGAUUAGAUUCGGACAGCAGUAAUCAAUCUACGCCGUUGAUUUCGACAAAACUGGUUAAACAUGUGAAGUUUUCUGACAAUAUCUGCCCUGAGAAUUCUUCCGCGAUCUCAGGCGAUGAAGAAUCUCAGUAA